CAAAAUUAGAAAACUCAGAGGUUAGGUUAUAGUUAUUGCAGCUUCUGGAAAGGUGUAGAACAUGAAGGGAUUCACAAGUCUGGUGGUAACAACCUUGACUCUUUUCCUGGUGUUUUCUUUCAUGGGAAAUUCGAACAGUGCUCCGCAGAGACUCUUUGAGAGAAGGAAUUGGACUCCACAAGCUAUGCUCUACCUGAAGGGUGCACAGGGGCGCCGCUUCAUCUCCGACCAGAGCCGGAGGAAGGACCUCGCCGACCGGCCGCCGCCCGAAAGACGAAGCCCAAAUCCCCAACUACUAACUCUUCCAGAGGCAGCAGCUGUGCUAUUGGCUUCCUUGCAGAAACUGCAAGAAGCUGGAGAAGAAAACUUUGAUCAAACCAGAUUCCUAGAAGAUAGCCUGCUAAACUGGUGAAAAUAUACCAGAUUCCAUUCAAUUAUAGUUCUGUUCUUGUUGAAAACAUGAACCAUGUGAAUAAAGCCUGUGGACCCUU